AUGGAUCACUCCAUCCACUCGACGGAUGGCCCCGACAUCAUCGUGCCGGGCACGACGCCCCAGCUGCGUUUCAGUCAGCGCAUGCGACGGGUCGUCAAGGCGUUCACUACUCGAGAGGGCCUGGUCGGGGAUUACGAUUAUGCGUUCCUUUUUCGACCCGCCAUUCCCUUCUUCAAGAAGGAUCCUCGGCCCGCGCCGUUCUUUGGCCUGAAUGAUCCUAUGCCGGUGUUCCUGGCGCUGCUGCUAGGGCUGCAGCAUGCGCUGGCUAUGUUGGCCGGCAUCGUCACGCCGCCCAUCAUUCUGGCCGCCGGUCUGAACCUAUCUGCUGAGCUGACUCAAUACCUGGUCUCAGUCUCGCUCAUCGUCUGUGGGCUGCUCUCCUCGGUCCAGAUCACCCGCUUCCAUGUCUACAAAACCAAUUACUACGUCGGUUCCGGCGUGCUCUCCGUCGUUGGGGUCUCCUUCGCAAUUAUCAGUGUCGGUCCCGCCGCCUUCGCUCAGAUGUACGAAAAUGGCUUCUGUCCCACGGCCGACGAUGGGACGCCGCUGCCCUGCCCAGAUGGCUACGGCGCCCUGAUAGCCACCGCCGCCGUCACGGCCCUGAUUGAAAUCCUGUUGUCCUUCAUCCCCCCUAAGACGCUGCGCAAGAUCUUCCCACCCAUUGUCACCGGCCCCACGGUCAUGCUGAUCGGGCUCUCCCUGGUCCAAAGUGGCUUUGACGACUGGCUCGGUGGUUCCGGUAGUUGUAUGUCGCGGCCCACCAGCGGCAUGUACAUGGUGUGUCCCCAAGUCGGUGCGCCGCACGCGCUACCCUGGGGUAGUGCCGAAUUUGUCGGAUUGGGGUUUGUGGUUUUCUUGACUAUCCUCAUCUGUGAGCGAUUUGGGUCCCCCAUCAUGAAGUCCUGCUCCGUCGUUCUCGGUCUGUUGGUCGGCUGCAUCAUUGCUGCGGCCUGCGGAUACUUCGAUCCUUCGGGCAUUAAUGAGGCUCCUGUCGCCUCCUUCAUCUGGGUUCACACCUUCAAACUCCAAGUCUAUGGUCCUCUCGUGCUCCCUCUCCUUGCCGUGUCCAUCAUCUGCGCCUGUGAAUCUAUCGGAGACACCACCGCCACUUGCGAUGUCUCCCGCCUCGAGGUCGAGGGCGAGGUCUUCGAAUCCCGUCUGCAGGGUGCGGUCUUAGCGGACGGCCUCAACUGUGUAGCCGCCUCUCUGAUGACGGUGACGCCUAUGACCACCUUUGCUCAGAAUAACGGUGUCAUUGCUCUGACCCGCUGUGCCAACCGAAAAGCGGGUUACUGCUGCUGUCUCUUCCUGAUCAUCGCCGGAAUCUUCUCCAAGUUCGCCGCCGCCAUCACUGCCAUUCCUUCCGCCGUUCUUGGGGGGAUGACCACCUUCCUGUUCACUUCUGUGGCCGUCAGUGGUCUGGCGAUUAUCUCGAAAGUGCCGUUCACCCGUCGCAAUCGUUUCGUCAUGACAGCUUCGUUGGCUUUGGGUUACGGAGCGACUCUCGUCCCCACCUGGUUCGCCUAUGUCUUCAGCCCUACCACAAACAAGAGCCUCCUGGGUUUGGAGGAUGCCGUCAUCCUCGUUCUGGAGACUGGCUUUGCCGUGACCGCAUUUGUGGCUAUGUUCCUCAAUCUCAUCUUGCAGGAGGAAAUUGAAGAAACGCCAGCGAAUGCUCCACCCACACCGGACAGUUCCACCCUCCAUCCCGUCUACGAGGGUCCUAAGGAUAUGUAA